AUGGCGAGGCGUGAGCAGUUCCUCGCGCUGCUGCUGUGCCUCGCGGCCUGCGCGCUGGCCACCGGCCCCGCUGACGCGACGAGGAAGACGGUCGGGGUGUACGAGCUCAAGAAAGGGGAUUUCUCCGUCAGGCUCACCAACUGGGGCGCCAGAGUCAUGUCCGUCGUCCUCCCAGACUGCAAAGGGAAUUUGGCUGAUGUCGUCCUUGGCAGAGACACCAUCGCUGAAUACGUCAAUGAUACCGAGUACUUCGGGCCGAUAACGGGCCGCAUAGCACAGAGAGUUGCCCGGGGCCGGUUCGUCCUCGACGGCAAGGUCUACCACAUGCACAGGAACGACGGCAGGAACACCAUUCACGGUGGUGACAGAGGGUUCAGCAGAAGCAUUUGGACGGUGAAGGAGUACGUAGGCGGCGGCGAGUCACCCUACAUCACCUUCUACUACCGCAGCUUCGACGGAGAGCAAGGAUUACCGGGGAAUGUGGACGCGUACGUGACGUACCGUAUGUCGGGGCCGUACACGCUGGGGGUACACAUGAACGCGACGGCGCUGGACAAAGCGACGCCGGUGAACUUCCUGCUGCACGUGUACUGGAACCUGGGCGGGGAGGGCAGCGGCCGCGACGUGCUGGGCCACACGCUCCGGCUGCACGCGUCGCGGUACGCCGUGCUGGACGACGAGCUGCUCCCUUCGUCGGGGCGCAUCGAGCCCGUGGCCGGCACGCCGCUGGACUUCCGGACGCCCACGCCGAUCGGGUCCCGCAUCCGCCAGGUCGUCGUCAUGGGCGGCCGCGCCGUCGGGUAUGACGCCAACUACAUCAUCGACGGCGGCGGGGAAGGGGCGAUGCGGCCCGUGGCGCAGGUCCGGGACGCCGCGUCCGGCAGGGCGCUGGAGCUGUGGGCGAACCAGCCGACCAUGCAGCUCUACACGGGGAACUUCCUCAACCACACCGCGGGCAAGGGCGGCAAGGUGUACGACAGGUACGCUGGGUUCUGCCUGGAGACGAUGGGGUACGUGGACGCCGUGAACCACCCCGAGUUCCCGUCGCAGACACUCAGGCCCGGCCAGGUGUACAAGCACGAUAUGGUCUACAAGUUCUCCUUCUAG